GAUCUGGUUAGGAGCCGAACUAGAGCAUGCUGGGACAUAUCUCGCGACACCAGGACACAGUAGUAUGGAGGAAAGCCCUGGGACAUUACGGUGAAAGAUUAAAGGAUAUAUUUCAGCAUCACAGUGGGAGGCGACUGUGACGUGCAUGCCAGAGUUGACAUAAUGUGGGGCACACAGCAACAUGUCCCAUGACCCCACUGCACAGAGGUGAGUGGUGAAUGAAUGGGCGGGACACCAUGGCUGCAGCGUAGGUGAUGGUAUCAACAUCGUUGAGAGGCUCCAACUCAUCGUCCAGCAGAGCCAUGCAGAUGAUCUACCCCAUUCUGAUGAUAGUCAUAUUGGAAACACAUGGCCAGAACAACUGUGAAUGGGGGAAGUAUGGCGAAAACUGCAGCAAAGAUUGCCCUUUGAAUUGUAUCCCUGACCCAAGGAGACACCUGACACACUGCCACAAGGAGACAGGGAAGUGCUCGGAGGGGUGUGUGCCGGGGUGGUUUGAGGAUCUCUGUGAUCACGCUUGUAGUAAGAACUGCUUGAGAAACACCUGUAAUCGGCAAAAUGGCAUCUGCACCUUUGGUUGUGAUGGAGACUACACAGGGGACUUUUGCAACAGUAUUAGAGGGACGACGGCGUUACCUCCAAGGGAAUCCAGCACAUACACAUCGCCGACAACACCGAGUGAAUCCAACACAGAGAAAACACCGGGCCUGGCUGCGAUACUUGUCCCUGUGUUCCUCAUCCUGGUUGUUGUCCUUGCUGUGGUGGUGAUCAUACUACGGAAACGGAAAAGGGGAGAAACCACAGGGAUUAUCGAUGCAGUGACAGGGAUACUUCCAUGCUGGAGAACAACUGGUACAGAUGGUACAACUGCCAGAGCCGGUGAAGAUGAACCUUUCAUGGCAGAGGAAGGUGGAGCCACAACAGGGGGACCAGCAACACGGGGAGAUGCAAGUUCCAUCAGCAGUUUUGUUCUCUUUGAAGAUGAUGACUUUCCACCUGGUUCAAUAGAACAGAAGAUAAAAGAUAUCCAAGGGGUGUUUGUUAAAACUGAGAGCUUUAAGAAGGCUAAAGAAAAGUUGGAGACGUUUGGCCAUGUGACACUAAGCGGUGCUCCAGGAGCAGGUAAAACAGCCAUGGCCCUGAUGCUGGGAGCUGAAUACAGGAAGCAGGGGUAUGAGCUGGUACUGGUUGAGCAUGCUUAUAAAGUAAAGCUGUCUGAGUAUCUAGAUAAAGGCAAAGACGUGUGUGUCAUAUUUGAUGACGUAUUGAAGACAGUCAGAUCAUAUUUGGACAUGUCCCGUCUCAAACACGUUUUGUACGACCUCCACAUGCACCUGGAACAGUGUGAGUCCGGAUCAGAAAGAAGAUACCAGCGUCUGCAGCAAGAACCAGGAGAGGAACAGGGAAAGCUGGAACAACCAAACAUCUGUGUUAUAUUCACUGUAGACACCAACAAUCUUCAGCGUGCAAUGUCGAAGCUAGGAGGUCAACAUAUUUUCAAAAGUUCAUCAGAUGUCAAACUGAGUUGUACACAGGAAGAGAAGAAAGAAUUGUGGCAGAAGUACAAACAUCGCUAUGGGUAUAAAGUGGAUGUGAAGAAUGUUUUUGCAUAUACGGAAACGACUGUCGGUUUUCCUCUGGAAUGCAAACUUUUCUCCAGUUGUUGUGGCUUUCAAAUGCACCAUGAUAGUUUUUUCGAGAAACCUUUGUUUUACAUCACAAAUCAACUUCGCACGAUUAUUAGCUCAUUGGAUGACAAGUCAGCUGCUCUCAUCCUGAUCUUACUGUGUGAAGGUCAGAUAGACACCAGUCAACUGGAGACUGAAUGUUCCAUCCCAGACGGUCAACUCACGACUAAAGAUGACCGCCCUGACAGUCAACUGGAGACUAAAGCUGACCAUCCUGACAGUAAACUGAAGACUAAGGGUGGCAGUCCAAACAGUCAACUGAAGACUAAGGGUGGUAGUCCAAACAGUCAACUGAAGACUAAGGGUGGUAGUCCAAACAGUCAACUCGAUACGGAAGGUGUCUGCCCAAUCAGUCAACUUGAGACUGAAGCUGUCCGUCCUGACAUUCAACAUGGGACUGAAGCUGUCCGUCCUGUCACUCAACUUGAGACUAAAGCUGACAGUCCUGACAAUCAACUUGAGACUGAAGCUGUCCGCCCAAUCAUUCAACGUGAGACUGAAGGUGUCCGUCCUGUCACUCAAUUUGAUACUAAAGCCGACAGUCCUGACAACCAACUUGAGACUGAAGCUGUCCGCCCAAACAUUCAACGUGAGACUGAAGGUGUCCGUCCUGUCAGUCAACUGAAGACUAAAGGUGGCAGUCCAGACAGUCAACUGGCAACGGAAGGUGCCUGUAUCAGUCAACUUGAAAAUGAAGGUGCCCGCCCAAACCUAGAGGCUCACCUCAAGGCAGUUGCAACUCUUGUGAAGACAUCAACCAGCCAGGGUGUAGCUGAGGCUGUGAGGGGCUUCUGUGGUACAUUGUUAACAAAAGGAAACAUAACAUCAUUUUCCCAUUCGAUAAUUUAUGAUGUCUGUGCUUUGGUCUUAUUCAAUAUUGAACCACACUUUAUUCUAAAACAUUGCAGUAUAAAUUUCCUCCUGGAGCACGUACAUGAUCAGCAAGACGACCGUAUUCCUGUCAAUGAAAACCAGCUCAGGAUACCUUUCUCAGAGGCCUUCAGUGAAAUAAUUGCUGACAGAAUGGCAGAUGCUAUUGUCAGUGGUGCUUUCAGUAUGUACAUCUGGCACCCCAUAUGGAAACGAAAAGACAUAUCAGACAAAGUAAAUCAUAUGAUCACAGAUCCACCUUCUUUGUCUGAUGUUACCAGACACAACCUUCUCUAUUACGCCUGUUUCACUGGGAACAAGAAUAUCCUAGAGCGACUUCUUCCUCACUGUGACAUCAAUAGGCGUGGUUUGAACGGCUGGACACCGUUGAUGUAUGCAGUUGUCUCUGGACAGAUGGAAUGUUUUGACAUCCUUGUGAAAAACAAAGCGGGUAUGGCUUUUUGUGAUAUCAACAACAACAAUUUACUGCAUUUGGCUUGUAAACAUGGAUACAUGUCCACGGUAAAACAUGUAAAAAAUGUACUCAAGGAACACCUUUCUCCUGAUUUGUAUCUCAAGCGAUACAUCAAUGGUCGGGGAGAAAAUGACUGGACACCAGUUAUGUGUGCAGUGGCAUUUGGGAAGGAGGAUAUCAUAGACUAUCUUACCUAUGAAAAGAAUUCAAUUGGAUUAAAAAAAGAAUUAAAAAGCGAUUUUAAAUUAUCAGAUAUCAACACAAACACCGUGCUUCACCUUGCAUGUCGGUUUGGAAACAAGUCCACUGUAGAAAGUCUGCUACCCCACACAGAUAUAAAUGCACGUGGCAAUAAUGGGCAGACACCGCUUAUGUGUGCACUUUUUUCAGAGAGGAAAGAAACCUUCGACCUUCUUGUGUCAAUGAAAGCUGACAUCACAAUGACUGACGAUGACAACAACAGCCUCCUUCACUUGAGCUGCCACGUUGAUGACGCGUCCCUUGUCGUGCCAAUUGUGCCAAACGUUGACAUCAAUCGUCGGGGAAAACACGGAUGGACACCAUUGAUGAAGGCAGCUGUACAUGGAAAUAUGGAUGUAUUUCAGCUUUUCCUUUACACAGUGAAGGUGGACCUCAAGCUGAAAGAUGAAAACAACAACAAUCUCCUCCAUCUUGCAUGUCAUGGAGGACAUGUCUCCAUUGUGCAACAAUUACUGCCAAAGUUUAAAAUAAACAGUCGGGGAAACAACGGGAGGACGCCAGUGAUGUGUGCAGCUGCCAGUGGAGUCGAGAGUGUUUUCAACCUGCUUGUGUCAGAGGGGGCUGAUAUAAGACUGAGGGAUGACAACAACAAUUCUCUAUUGCAUUUAGCAUGCUUUGGUGGGAAUAUUUCCAUUGUGACUUAUCUUUUGCCAAAGAGUGAUAUCAACUGUCAGGGAAGUCACGGGAGAACAGCAAUAAUGAUCACAGUUUUGGUUGGAAAACCAGCCCUGUUCAAACUACUUUUGUCAAAGAAGGCCAAUAUCAAACUGACUGAUGAUGAUAAUAAUACUGUAUUACACCAUGCCUGUCAGGGUGGGAACUAUUCCAUUGUGAACUAUCUAAUGUCAAAGUUUGGCAUCGACACUUCUGGAAAACACGGCUGGACACCAGUCAUGUUUGCUGCAUGGGCGGGAAGGAAGGUCGUGUUCGAUUUGCUUGUGAAGCAGGGGGCUGACCUCACUUUAACUGAUGCCUUCAAUGACAAUGUUCUACAUUUAGCAUGUCAAAGUGGGAGCACAGAUAUUGUCGAAUAUCUUGUGACACCCUCUGACGUCAGUCUUCGGGGAAAGAACGACUCGAUACCAGAAAUGCAUGCAGCGAGAUCAGUGUCCAGUGGAAAUAAAGAUCCUUGUGAUGGUAAUGCACCGAAGGAUGUCAUACAAUCAUCAACUUCCCCUGAAAAUCAUAAUGCUAUUUAUAUGGUCAGUCACAGUGGAAAGGAAGCCAUUGUGAAACAAGUGAGUGGCUACUUUGACAUCAACGUCAGAGGCAGGGAUGAUCAGACCCCACUAAUGAGGGCAGUGUGUGGAGGACAUAUUGCUGUGUUCCGGUUCUUGGUGUCCCGUGGAGCCGACCAAACUCUGGUGGACAAGGAUGGACACACUCUUCUACAUCUGUCUACUCAGCACGGUCAGCUUCAUAUGGUGAAAUACAUCAUUGACUCUUUUGACAUCAAUGCUAAAGACAAGGUUGGUUUGACACCUGUCAUGACGUCAAUAUUGUAUGCCAAAGUUGCUGUGUUCGAAUAUCUUAGAGAAAAGGAUGCAGACUUGUCGCUCGUUAACAACGCAGGUGAUACACUGGUGACUCUCGCUCAUAAAAUAGGAUGCAGACAAAUCAUAGAACAACUACCACCGUCCAAAAAUGUCAAACGAUUGUCUGGCCAGAAGGAUUCACAUCCUGGCAAGUCCCAAAAGCGUAACCCCAAGAUGAAUAGAAAGUCGCACAACUGAACAAGCUCAAAAGUGUGCGAUCUGAAAACAUACAACAUUUGUAGUCUUGAUCUGAAAUACAGAGAUCAGUCCGCGACACAUUACUAGAUGUAAGCAUUAUCUGCUCCCAUAAGUGCCCGAUGUCAGAAAUGAAGGAUGCAGGUGAUGGUAGUGUUUGUGUUAAACCAUUGAUACCGAUAUACUGUAUACUGUCUUAGACCAUCUCUCUAAUCUUCUAUGUAUAACACAUGAUUGUCCUUAAAAUCAUAUGGUGGAUAUAAGCUCAAUUGGAAGACAAUGUGUGCUAUUUAUCUCAUGAUAAAUUGUACUGAAAGAGAAAGUUACUUUCGUAAAGGCAUAUGAAAUGUAUCCAAAUUUGCAUCCCCUAAUGAGAACAUUACAGAAGCCCGAACGAAGUUUAAACCCCAUCUUAAACCCUACUGGACAAAACCAAAAUCUGAAGUUAUAACGACAUGAAGUGCGCCGUGAAGAUGACACUUGCUAGAGAACAGCAAAAACAAGCAAGCAAAGCAUUGUUUCCGAAGAACGUAUCAGAGAUGCAAACAAGACCUCAUAGCAGGCUGAACGAACUCUGAGGCAGCUGAAAUAAAUAUACACUUAUACCUUAAAACUGCAACACGAUAUAACUAAGUUAAGGGCCAAGUACACUUACGUCUAUAAACAUGUGAUCAAAGUGGUUACACGGAAGGUAUUUUUGGAAUCUCUGGUAAUAUUCCCUGUUCUUUUACCUGAUGUUGUAAUAUGUAAAACAAUACAGAAAACUAUGAGAAUUCUAAUGUUGAUAACGAAGUAACUGCUGAUUGUCUAUUUUCAUUCACGGUACAGAUAAAGGGCUGAUUAACAACACAUCUCAAGGACCUAAUAUGUUAACACAUGCACAUAGUAAGCAUGUUUGAGGAACUUUAUAAAAGCAUAUCGUGUUUUUAUGCCAUGAUACUAUUUUUAGAAAAAUGAACGAGAACAUAGGAAACUUCAUGAUAUGCAAACUACAGCUCAUCUUCGAUCAUCUUGAAAUGCAAACAGAAUCAAAGGAUUUUAUGUGUGGAACAGUUGCGAAUGAUAUCGUAAUACACUUGAUGUCGUGUCAUAUGAAUCUAGUGAAAAUAAAUAUCAUGUUUGAUCA